AUGGAGAAGGUCCAACACAUAACUCGCUCUGCUCUGCGGAGAGCCUCAACUAUUGAGGUCAACCCACAAGCACGCCAAAGGCUCCAAGAGCUCUUUGUGAAUUUCUGCCUCAUUUUAAUUUGCCUCUUGCUGAUCUGUAUCAUUGUGAUGCUCCUCUGAAGUUCCAGCACCUCUCUGCGCUGUCCUCUAGGAAAAUCACCCCAGAGGGAAGAGAGACCUACACCUGCAACUCCCAAUGCAAGGAUCCUCUUGGGAGAGAGGCUAGCCCUUGGACUAGAGCUGUAUGCCAACCAUCGCACUACCCUCUUACUACCUGCUACAUAUAUUAUAAACACUUGGGCUGUGCACA